CAUUAGUGACGUGGAGAAGAUUCUGGCCUAAGAAAGAAUGUCAUAGAAAUUAGUACAUGGAGCAGGUAAUACCAGAAAGGCAGAACACGAAUACUUUGACAUAGUCUUGCCUCUUGUUAUCCACAUUAGGUAUAUCAGAGAGGAUUUGGUAGAAGAGUGGUUUGAUUGGUUCCAUUAAGCUCUAUAAAUUGCCAUGGCUCAAAGUAGUAUGCCAGACACUCAAACUUGGACUCAAAAAUUCUUGAAUAUAUUCAAUGGCACGCUUCAAAGUAACUUGUUUAGCUCUUGUGGCAAUGACAUUGGUCUAUUUGACCACACUCUGCGUAGCUCACCCGGUCGGUUUCAACUUUGGCUGGGGAUGGGGUAGUCCUGGUGGAAAUGGCGGUCACGGUGGAAACAGUGGCAAUGGUGGAGGAGGGUACCCUGGUCUUUUUCCGGAAUACUAUCAGUUCUCAUGCCCUCAAGCUAAUGAUAUUGUCAUGUCUGUGUUGCACAAGGCCAUUGCAAACAAUCCAAGAGUGGCUGCCUCUUUGCUUAGGCUUCACUUCCAUGACUGCUUUGUUCAGGGUUGUGAUGCAUCUGUGCUACUGGACGACAGCGCGACAAUUUCGAGUGAAAAGAAUUCUGGCCCAAACAAGAACUCACUUAGAGGGUUUGAAGUGAUAGAUGAGAUCAAGGCCAAGUUAGAAGAAGCUUGCCCUCGGACUGUUUCUUGUGCUGACAUUCUUGCUCUUUCUGCUAGAGGCUCCACUGUACUAAGUGGUGGACCAAAUUGGGUGUUACCACUAGGAAGAAGGGACUCGACGACUGCAAGUUUAACUGGCUCAAACAGAAACAUUCCUGCACCAAAUUCCAGUCUCCCAACCCUCUUAAACUUCUUCCAGCGUCAAGGCCUCGAUGAAGUUGACCUUGUUGCACUAUCAGGAGGGCAUACUAUUGGGAUUGCAAGGUGCGUGACAUUCAAGCAGAGGCUGUACAACCAAAAUGGGAACGACCGACCCGACUCGACUCUUGAAAGAUCCUACUACUUUGGUUUGAAAUCGGUUUGCCCUAGUUCAGGUGGUGACAACAACAUAAGCCCCUUGGACUUCUCUUCCCCUGCAAGAUUUGACAAUACCUACUUCAAGCUCAUACUUUUGGGAAAAGGACUUCUUACUUCGGACCAAGUGCUUCUCACCGGAAAUGUGAGGAAGACAAUGGAGCUGGUCAAGAGCUUUUCGGAUGAUGAGGGCCUCUUCUUCCAGCACUUUGCUAAGUCCAUGGUUAAGAUGGGGAACAUUAGGCCUCUCACUGGACUUAAGGGUCAAGUUAGGAAGAAUUGUCGCCGAGUUAAUUAAGUACUUUAACUGAGAAGCACUAGCUUCUUAAUUUUUAUGUGCUGAAUAAUUCAGAACUGUUAACUUGGUGUGAUCUAUAGCCUUCAAUUCCUGUAAACAAAUGGCUUUGACAAUGAAUGUUUUCUACAAAUUA